UACAAUUGUGGAAGAAUGGGCGGAACGCAUCAUUGUAUUGCACACCUCUAAAAAAAAAACAGUGCUCUGAUUCAUAAAUAUAAAAAGAUCCUCUGAGGAGGGCAGUGUUUUUGUGUGAUGGCAACUUCACUUCUAGGGGAGGAGCCGAGGUUAGGGUCGACUCCUUUAGCCAUGUUAGCUGCGACAUGUAACAAAAUAGGGAGCCCGAGCCCUUCGCCGUCGACGAUUUCGGAUAAUUCCUCGUCAUUCGCAAAAGGCUUCCACCCGUGGAAAAGAGCCGCGGCGAGCAGCUGCAGCCUCGGAUCCGGCCUUUCCGGCUUCGGGGUGUCCCGUAAUGGAUCCGGCAUCUCGGACUCUUUCGGCACCAACAGCUCCACUGGAUCCAGUGCCUUUUCCCUCACGUCUGGUACCUCAUCUAGUUCGCACUUUGGAAACGACUAUUCUGUUUUCCAAGCCUCCGUCUCGAGCAGCUCUCAAGAGUCCAGCCACCAGCCGGUUUUCAUCUCGAAGGUGCACACCUCAGUGGACAGUCUGCAGGGCAUCUAUCCGAGGAUGAGCGUUGCGCAUCCCUACGAGUCCUGGUUCAAAUCGUCUCACCCCGGCAUCCCCACAGGAGAGGUCGGGACCACCGGAGCCUCUGCCUGGUGGGACGUGGGAGCGGGAUGGAUUGAUGUUCAGAACCCUAAUGGAGCAGCACUACAGACGUCCUUACAUUCCGGUGGACUCCAGACCUCCUUGCACUCUCCCCUGGGCGGAUAUAAUUCUGAUUACUCGAGUUUAAGUCACUCUGCUUUCAGCACAAGUCCCUCUCCACACCUGUUGACAACCGGCCAGCACCUGAUGGACGGUUUCAAGCCGGUGCUAUCCUCUUACCCGGACACAAGCCCCUCUCCACUAGCCGGGGCAGGGGGGACUAUGCUCUCCGGGGGGCCACCUGCAUCUUUAGCGGGGUCUCCGAGGUCAUCUGCCCGCCGGUACUCGGGCAGAGCCACCUGCGACUGUCCAAACUGCCAGGAGGCGGAGAGAUUGGGACCGGCGGGCGCCAGCCUACGGAGAAAGGGUCUCCACAGCUGUCACAUCCCCGGCUGUGGGAAGGUUUACGGGAAAACGUCGCACCUAAAGGCGCAUUUGAGGUGGCACACCGGCGAGAGGCCGUUUGUGUGCAACUGGCUCUUCUGCGGGAAGAGGUUCACGCGCUCCGACGAGCUCCAGCGACACUUACGCACGCACACCGGGGAGAAAAGAUUCGCCUGCCCGGUGUGCAACAAGAGAUUUAUGCGUAGCGACCACCUGAGUAAACAUGUAAAAACUCACAGCGCCGGGGGAUCCGCCGGCUCCGGCUCCGGGGGCAGCGGAGGGAAGAGGGGGAGCGAUACCGACAGCGAGCACAGCGCGCCGGGGAGCCCUCCGUGCCAUUCCCCCGACCUGUUGCACCCACCGGAGUCAACCCCGGGAGUGGGCAUGAACGGCCUCUAAGACUCCCCCCCCCCCCCUCGGUCAAGCGAAAACUGUAAAGCAGCAAAUUGUCGCGGUGGAAUUGUCCGAGAGGGACAUAAAAGGGGGACAUACUUUGGUGUACGCGAAAUGCUUCAUCCUGAGUGUUGUCACUUAAUGAGAAAAAAUAGGCCUAUACGUUCCUUUGACUUUUUCCAAGUGUUUAAGACUACUAAUUGCAUAAGUUCAUAGCUGUACCAUCAGAAACUUCUCAUUAAUACAUCUGCGGUGUGAAAGUGUAAUCGAGUUAUUGUGGGCACACUGGGGCAGGGCACGGCUGAAACUUUUUCUUCGCAGCCCGAUCCCGAGUACCCUCGAUGUUUUAUUUCCCAAGGGAGUGAGACGGAAAGGGUUCCAGAAAAACACUGCUGUGGGAAAAAUUAAGGGGGCUGCAAAUUUGUGUUACUGCUGUCCCUCAUGUUGUUCAAAACCAAACUCUGGCACUUUAUUAUCGAGCAGGAGAAAGUGUUUGUUUUUGUUUUUUUUUUUGGUGAGAUAUGGGGAUGGGAUGGUUUUCACCAGCCUGUAUCUGUCUGACCCUAUCCACCGUUUGAUAAGAAAGGAGCAGUUGUAGGUUUACAUCAUAUCGUGCUAUUUCGCUCCACAGCCUACACUCUGUGCUCCAGGUUGGUGAGUAGGCCCGUCGAGGCUACUCACACUUCACUUCGCUGCAAAAUGUGUUGUAUAUAAUGAGAAAUGUAGGUUAGAAUAAUUACAGCCCAAUGUAAAGGUGAGUAAUGUAUUUGUCCAGGAGACGAUUUUGUAUAGGUAUUUCUAGUUGUAUAUGGACUCUAGUAAAUAUUUGAAAAUAUACGGAAAUGUACUUGGAUUUUUCUUUGACAUGAUAUGAAAUGUAAUGUGGGGAGUUAUAUUUAACCACGACUUUUCUUGUAUUUAGGGGUCUAUCAUUAGGCGCACUUUGAAUUUAUUUGUACGGUUUUGAAAUCAUUUACUGUUUACCCGCUCAUUUAAUUUAAGUAAGCAUGUUGUAAAGUGAUUUUAAUUUUACAAUGAUAUUUUUUUUUUCCCUCCGAGAAUGGCUUUUUAUGUAAGCCACUCAAUAA